AUGUUGAGAACCGCUACUAGAUCUUCAAUCUUGAAGAGAACCAUUGCCACUCAAAUUACCCCAAAAGCCAUCGUCACCGAACUAUCUAACGGUGUUGUUGUUGCUACUGAACCAAACAGCAACUCUGCCACUGCUGCGGUCGGUUUGGUGUUCGGUUCCGGUACUACUGCCGAAAACCCAUACAACAACGGUGUUUCCAACUUGUUGGCUAACUCCUUUGUCAACUCUUCUAUCAAGGAUGCUCAAAAAUUGGGAUUCUCCUUAGAAACCAAGGUUGGCAGAGACCACCAAUCUUACAUUGUUAACUCUCAACCAGGUCAAUAUGCUAAGGCUCUAGAAUUCUUGCAAUCCAAGCUUUUCGCUCCAAUUGAGGACUCCGUCUUCGAAAGUUCCAAGAGAGCUACUGUAGACACUGUUGCCAAGUUCGAAGAAACUGAACACGAACAACGUGUUUUCGAACACUUGCACGCCACUGCUUUCCAAAACACUCCAUUGUCUUUGCCAGUCAGAGGUACUGUCGAAACUCUAGAAGGUUUGGAAAACAUCGACUUGUCCAACUUCGUUCAAAACCAAUUCAAGGCAAACAACUCUGUUAUUGUUGGUACCGGUAACGUUAACCACGAUGAAUUGGUCAAGGCUGUUGAAACUAAGCUUUCUUUGCUAUCUGGUGACAAACCAGUGCCAAAGAAGAAGUCCACUUUCUUGGGUUCUGAAGUCAGACUAAGAGAUGAUACUCUACCAAAGGCUUGGGUAUCUAUCGCUGCUGAAGGUGAACCUAUCAAUUCUCCACAAUACUAUGUUGCUCAAGUCGCUGCUGAAGUCUUCGGUACUUUCGUUGCUGCUGAACCAGCUUCCAACCUACAAGGUGUUAAGUUGAUCGACGAAGUUAACGAAUACCACUUGUGUGACUCUUUCGAACACUUCUCUGUCUCUUAUAAGGACUCCGGUUUGUGGGGUUUCAGAACCACCAUCACCGACCCACACAACAUCGAUGAAACUGUCCAUUUCACUUUGAAGCAAUGGAACAGAUUGUCCAUCUCUGUCACCGAAACUGAAGUCGCUCGUGCUAAGUCUUUGUUAAAGUUGAAGUUGGCUUCUCAAGUUUCUACCAACGCUGCUGCUGCUAACUUGUUGGGUGCUCAAACCUUGGUUUUGGGUGCUAAGCCAGCCUUGGCUGAAGUCUUCACUAAGAUUGACAAAAUUACCUCCAAGGAUAUUAAGGCUUGGGCUUCCGAAAGAUUAUGGGAUCAAGAUAUCGCUGUUGCCGGUACUGGUAAGAUUGAAGACUUGUUGGACUACGUCAGAAUGAGAAACGACAUGAGUAUGAUGAGAUGGUAA